AUGACUAUCCGGGUCAAUUCCUCCACCUUCACCCCCGAGGUGUUGAUUUCUGCACCUCGGAGAUCAGCAGCAACACCAAAUGCAGAUGGUAAACUGGCAUUGUAUACUGUCUCGACGUAUUCUUUUCAAUCUCACUCAAAGACUGCCAAAAUCAAUGUGUUGAAUAUAGGUACUGGGGUAAGUUCGACCCUGAGCGAUAAUGCGAAUGAUAGUGAGCCAGUGUGGCUGGGGUGGAAGAACGAGGUGAUAUGGUUGAGAGCUGGAGAGAAGGGAGUGACACAUUUAGUAUUGGCCGAUGCAGAUGAUUUACAAAGGAAGCCCAAAAUCAUCACGACUUUCGACGGUGGCAUCUCAAACGUGAAACUUACAGCUCUUACUUCGGAUGUUGUAGCUAUAGCUGUUUCUGGCUUGGCAACUCCAUCCGGCAAUUUAUAUAAUUCUGAAACAGCUAAAAAGCCUCUGUCAACAGCUAAAACAUACUCAAAGCUGUUUGUGAGAGAAUGGGAUGCAUGGGUUACGGAAAACAAGAAUGCCAUCUGGUAUGCAACGAUUACAAAAAGCAAGGAAUUUGGAGAUGUUAAAGUCUCUGGAUUGGUGAAUGCUUUGACGGGUCAUAAAAUAUCUCUUGAGUCUCCAGUACCACCAUUUGGAGGAACAGGAGAUUUCGAUAUAAGUAAAAACGGCAUAGUCUUCGUUGCCAAGGAUCCCAAGAUUGACCCAGCCAACUAUACGAAGACCGAUCUAUACUACAUUCCUCUGAAGACAUUCACAGAGUCAGAGGCUCCAACGCCCCUGUUGGUCGAGACUGGUAACCUGAAAGGCUAUAGUCAAGGGCCUGUGUGGUCGCCAGACGCUAAGUCUGUGAUUUUCACAAGAAUGAAGAGUAUUCAGUACGAAAGUGACAAGACGAGACUUUUGUUGGUACCUGACAUUACUGACCUCACCAAUGUCCAAGAAUUCUUCGAAACAGAGGACGGCAAGGGUGGAUGGGACUUGAAACCCGAAGAUGUCACAUUCAGUAACGACGGAACCCAGAUCUACGUAACAGCAGAAGAAAAUGGCCGAGUAAAGCUUUUCAAGCUGCCAGCUUCUCCACGCCAUGCUACUAAGUUACCCGAAGCUCUGACUAACAGCGGAACUAUUACGGAGAAGCAUGUUCUCCCAAGUGGUGAAAUAUUUAUCAGUGGGAGUUCUUUAAUUGACAACAGCGUCUAUUCGAUUAUAGACCCAUCCAAACCCUCAGAAAAAAUCACAGUUUCAUCCAGCUCAGAUGAUGGAAAAGCCUUCGGACUUUCACAAAAGCAGGUUGAUGAGUUCUGGUAUACAGGAGCUGGAGAUUACAAAGUUCACGCUUGGGUAUUCCGACCAUCGAACUUCGAUGAAAACAAGAAAUAUCCUCUUGCGUAUCUCAUUCAUGGCGGACCGCAAGGUGCUUGGAACGAAGGAUGGAGCACACGAUGGAACCCCGCGGUCUUUGCCGAACAAGGUUAUGUUGUAGUGACCCCGAACCCAACAGGAAGCACUGGCUAUGGCAUGGCGUUGCAAGAUGGCAUCAAAGGUCAAUGGGGUGGACGGCCAUAUAUAGACCUUGUCAAGGGAUUCGAGUAUAUCGAAGAGAACCUAUCCUACGUCGAUACCGACCGUGCUGUAGCUUGUGGCGCCAGUUACGGUGGAUACAUGGUAAACUGGAUCCAGGGUCACGAUUUAGGCCGAAAAUUUAAAGCUCUCGUAACCCACGACGGUGUCUUCUCAACUCUGAACCAAUACACAUCCGACGAACUAUUCUUCCCCCAUCACGAUUUCGAAGGUACAAUCUGGGACAACCCUGAAGGAUACGCAAAAUGGAAUCCUGCCAGCCACGUCGCUAAUUGGGCAACUCCUCAUCUAAUCAUCCAUAACGAUUUGGACUAUCGAUUACCCAUUUCAGAGGGACUUGCUCCGUUUAACGUGUUGCAAACACGUGGAGUAGAAAGUAGAUUCUUGACGUUCCCAGAUGAAAACCAUUGGGUCUUGAAACCCGAAAAUUCAAGAGUCUGGCAUAAAGAGGUUUUCGACUGGAUCAACAAAUACAGUGGUAUUACCAAGGAGAAUGAAGAGUUGCGAAAGAGCAUUGAGAAAUUGAGUGUAAAUUAG